UGAAACAUGAACUGGGGAUUCCUGGAGAAUGUGUUAAGCGGGGUAAACAAGUACUCGACUGUCGUCGGGCGGGUCUGGCUCUCCAUCCUCUUCGUGUUUCGCAUCCUGGUGUACGUCGCCGCCGCCGAGCAGGUGUGGAAGGACGAGUUCAAAGACUUCGUCUGCAACACACAGCAGCCGGGCUGCGAGCAGGUUUGCUUCGACCGCUUCUUCCCCAUCUCUCAAGUGCGGUUAUGGGCCAUUCAGCUGAUCAUGGUGUCCACCCCGUCGCUGCUGGUGGCUCUGCAUGUGGCUUACAGGGAGUACAGAGAGAGCAAGUACAAGAGGAAGCUGUACCAGGAUAAAGGCAGCAUCGACGGAGGGCUGUUCUUCACCUACAUCAUGAGCCUCAUCCUCAAGACGUCCUUCGAGGUGGCCACUCUGCUGGCUUUCUUCUUCCUGUACAGCGGCUUCCACGUUCCCCGCUUGCUCCGGUGCGACGAGAGCCCCUGUCCCAACACGGUGGACUGCUACAUCGCAAAAGCCACCGAGAAGAAAAUCUUCCUUUAUAUCAUGGGCUGUACGUCUAUCCUGUGCAUUGCACUGAAUGUGGUGGAGAUGAUGUAUAUAUCGAAGCAGUGCUGGAAGUGCUUCAGUAAGAGGUACGCUCCUGUGCAUGAAAGAAGCGGCCGGCCUCCAUCCACGCUCACUCUCGGCUCACCGCCGUCGCUAGCCAUGUCUAAAGACGAAGGCCUUCAUUCUGCGCCGGCUGCAAAGGAAAGCCCAAAGCUUGCUGCUGCGUGAACACUUGGGCUUUUUCAUGCAUGCUACACCAGUUCUUCUCCGCUGACGGCUCGCAGACAGCAAGGAAUCACAAGAACAAGUGCAAAUAACAAACUACAGUCACGUAGAGCUAUGUUAGCAUAACAAACAGAAGUAUGAACUUUCAAAGGGGAAGAGCAAACACUUCUCAUAUCUUUUGUUGUACUGUAUUCAGGGCAGAAAUUCUUGCUAUUUGAGUAGCAUCUAGUCAAACUAGACGUCAGCAUGCCCUCAUACUCACAAACCAUCAACAAAGAUGACAAAAUACAGCCCAGAUGACAUUAAAUACAGGUUCGUUUGGAACGAGGGAUAGUUUGUUGACCACAGUAUGUCUUGU